ACCCUGCUCACGAGCGGCACAGUCGGUGGGCGCUCGCAUAGGAAGCAGCACGAACACCCCCCUCUCUUGCGCGGAGAUGGAGACACCCGACUGACCUCCCUUCCUUCCACAGCAGACGAACCUCCUCCUUCUCUCCAGAUUCCGAAGAUGUUCGAUUGGCGAGCCCGAUGGACUCGAACCAUGUGCCGAGAUGGGCUAGGGUAGAGGCAACGACCUUAACUGUCAACCGCGCUGUCAUAGAUGCGAGAAAGAACCAGCAGGUCCCGAGAAACCUUAGCAGAUACUAAAGAUCAGCGGUGCCUGAAGCCCCUAUCUGGAUUUAUUGGAAUUCGAAUUAUUGGAGAAGGCAUGAGGUCGAUUGAAAACCAGAAGAGUCGUCACGUUAGGUUCGACUAGAUCGAAGCUUUCAGUUCGAAACAAAACAUAUACAUCGAAUUUAAUCAAGGAUUUCCCUGACAUCCCGUGCCUUAGGAUACGAAGAAAUGAGAACUGAUAUCUCGAAAUGGAAUUUGGCGUAGAAUUGGAAGAAUGUGAAUGUGCGGCCAUUUUGAAAUAAUUACUUGUCCUGCAGCGCAGUUGGAGAGAUAACGAGUGGUUCUGAGAAAUUCCCGCUUGUAAUAGAAUAUUUUGGAAAAUACUUAACCGAAUGCACUGUUAUUUCCCUAAGAGAUCGUUUCUGAUAUUGACUAUUUCCUGAGUGAUGGUAUUUCGUGAGAAAACAAAAAGAAAAACUUGCAAAUUGAGAAGGCUGUGAUGAUGCUACGCUUGAAAAGCAUACAUUUAACAUAGUAGGUCAGCGAAACGGGGUAUAUAUCUACACAACCGUUAAAAACAUACACAGAACAUUAAGCUAUGUAACUUGAUACUAAAGUAGUGAAAUAUCUAAACAUUCGAAAAAAAUAUCUAUGUUUUAUAUUUAGAUUAGAAUUCUAAAUAAGUUAUUUGUUGAUUGAAAAAGAAAAUAUCAGAGUUUCAUAUCAGUUAGAAGAGCCGUGCUAUUUUGCUUAAGAGAAAUCGUAAAUAUUAAUCUUAGAUGUGAUUUUCUAUAUUUAUGCAAGUUGCCACGUUCCUAAUAUCAAAUUUAAUAUCAAAAUAAUCACAAUAAUUUAGGAAAAAAUUAGAUAUAUUUGGAGAGUAGAUUAGGGGAAAAAGACGUCAUAUCAUUUUUUUUAUAUUUUAUUAACAAACACUUCUUGUUGCACUUAAUCAAAAAGGAAAAAUGCAGUAAAAAUAAUAUAUAUAUAUUCGUCUUUCCUAUUAUGUAGUUCACACGUUAACGUCAGUCUAGUAAAAUAAAACAAAGCAUCUAUAGAUUAUUGCAGGUAUCUAAAUAUAAUCAUGACUGGGCGUUCUCAUGUGAAGUUACAUCGAACAACUGCUAACGGCUUAUCGCGAUGUUUCUCAGUUCAGUCACCUCGUAUGUAGCAAUUGCAGAACUUUGGCAUUUUAAUCGCAUUUGAAAGUAAGCACCAAAAUGGAAGGUUUGGAUUCAAACUUGACAGUUGGGAACAUGACGGAACAUGAAGAGUGCCUUAAGGAGCGGAAGUGGUGGUGUUUUCUGCUGUCGAGUAUCAUUACCUGCCUGGUAGGAAUCUUCAUCAUCUUGUUGUGGCGGGCGUGUGCGUUUAUCUGCUGUCGCGGAAGUACGGCAUCGGCCUCCUCGCAGGCCGCCUCCAAGACCAAAGUGCCAGCCGAAAGCGGCAAAGGUGGCAACAGUGGCAAGGAAGUGGCGGAAAUAGGUUUCAUGACUGAGGCAAAAGACUGGGCCGGAGAACUGAUAUCUGGCCAGUCCACGACGGGCAGAAUACUGGUAGUGCUGGUUUUUCUUCUCAGCAUAGCUUCUUUGAUAAUUUAUUUUAUAGAUGCGUCCAGAGAUAAAGUGGAGACGUGUCAUUCGUGGUCCACGAACACAACGCAGCAGAUUGACUUAGCACUAAAUAUAUUUUUUAUGGUCUACUUUUUUAUACGCUUUAUCGCUGCUAGCGACAAGUUAUGGUUCAUGCUGGAGCUUUAUUCCUUCGUGGAUUAUUUCACCAUUCCGCCCUCCUUCAUAUCCAUCUAUCUUGGCAGAACGUGGAUAGGCCUUCGUUUCCUGCGGGCCCUGCGCCUCAUGUCUGUGCCGGACAUUUUGCAGUACCUGAACGUCUUGAAGACAAGUUCAUCCAUAAGAUUAGCCCAGUUAGUCUCCAUCGUCAUCAGCGUGUGGCUCACGGCAGCCGGAAUUAUCCACCUGCUGGAAAAUUCCGGUGAUCCGUUGAGUUUCAGCAACCCCCAUGAGCUGACGUACUGGGAGUGCGUUUACUUUCUCAUCGUGACCAUGUCGACCGUCGGAUAUGGCGACAUCUACUGCCAGACCAGCCUGGGACGGGGAUUCAUCGUUUUGUUCAUCCUCGUCGGCCUGGCAGUGUUCGCCAGUUGGAUACCAGAAAUUACCGAGCUGAUUGGACACCCGUCCAAAUACGGAGGAGUUCUCAGAAAGGAAGGAGGAAAGAGACACAUAGUGGUGUGCGGGCACAUCAACUACGACUCCGUGUCCUACUUCUUGAAAGACUUUCUUCAUGAAGACAGAGAAGAUGUAGAUGUUGAAGUCGUCUUCCUUCACAGAAAACCUCCGGACCUAGAGUUAGAGGGUCUCUUCAAGAGGCACUUCACGACAGUCGAAUUUUUUCAAGGCACAGUCAUGAAUCCCGUGGAUUUACAGCGAGUGAAGGUGCAGCAAGCUGAUGCCUGUUUGGUGCUGGCCAAUAAGUAUUGUCAAGAUCCAGAUGCAGAAGACGCUGCCAAUAUAAUGCGGGUUAUCUCAAUCAAAAACUUCUCAGAUGAUAUACGAGUGAUCAUACAGCUUAUGCAAUAUCACAACAAGGCUUACCUACUGAACAUUCCGAGUUGGAACUGGAAAAAUGGAGAUGAUGUCAUCUGCCUAGCCGAGCUGAAACUUGGCUUCAUAGCACAAAGUUGUCUGGCCCCAGGGUUUUCCACAAUGGUCGCUAACCUCUUUGCCAUGAGAUCCUAUAAAACGAGUCCAGACACACCCAAAUGGCAGAAUGAUUACCUGUGCGGGACUGGAAUGGAGAUGUACACUGAAACUCUCUCCUCGUCUUUUGUGGGAAUGAGUUUCCCUCAAGCGGCAGAGUUGUGCUUUGUAAAACUGAAACUUUUAUUGCUGGCUAUUGAAAUCAUAAACGACGAUGGUUCCGACUCGAAAAUUUCCAUCAACCCCAAAAGUCAAACUAAACUUACUCCGGACACCCAAGGAUUCUUUAUUGCACAGUCAGCGGAUGAAGUCAAAAGGGUCUGGUAUUACUGCAAAAACUGCCACGAAGACAUCAGGGAUGAGAAGCAGAUAAAGAAAUGCAAAUGCAAAAACCAAAACAGAUUUAAGAGAAACGCCUGGGCGAUGCUGCUGUUUAGAAAACCAACUCCCGCCAUUUCUGUUGUUCCGCCUCGAAACGGUAAUCGUCAAAAGAGUCCAGGCAAGGUCAACUCUAUGAGUUCGAUCACAUCGCCAGGAAGAAAGCAUUAUCACACCAGGCCAACUGGUCGCGGUAGUGCAGGCAGUGUAUCCGAGCGUCCCUUUGGGAUGAUGGCAGAAGAUCAGGGGAAGGAUUUCGAUUUCGAAAGAACUGAAAUGAAGUACGAUUCCACAGGGAUGUUUCACUGGUGCCCUGCUCGCUCCAUCGAAGACUGCAUUCUGGAUCGCAAUCAGGCCGCCAUGACGGUCCUAAACGGCCACGUGGUGCUCUGUCUAUUCGCGGACAAGGACUCUCCCUUGAUUGGUCUGCGCAACCUCGUGAUGCCGUUGCGAGCCAGCAACUUCCAUUACCACGAGCUGAAGCACGUGGUGAUCGUGGGGAACGUAGACUACCUUAGGAGAGAAUGGAAGAUGUUGCAGAAUCUGCCCAAGAUAUCAAUCCUCAGCGGCACUCCUCUGAGCCGCGCAGACUUGCGGGCGGUGAACAUCAACUUGUGCGACAUGUGCGUCAUUCUCUCCGCCAAAAUCCCGAGUUCGGAGGAUCCAACCCUGGCGGACAAAGAGGCCAUACUCGCCUCCCUCAACAUCAAAGCCAUGACCUUCGACGAUACCAUUGGUGUUCUGACACAGCAUGAAUCUGGAAGAGAUGGGAUGUCUCCUUUAGGCAGUCCUAUCGUUUUACAAAGAAGAGGAUCCGUAUAUGGGACAAAUGUACCUUUAAUUACAGAACUAGUGAAUGACACCAACGUCCAGUUCUUGGAUCAGGACGAUGACGACGAUCCUGACACCGAGCUGUAUCUCACUCAGCCGUUUGCUUGCGGCACAGCCUUUGCUGUAUCUGUACUGGAUUCUCUCAUGAGCACCACUUACUUCAACGCGAAUGCUCUGACUUUGAUCCGAUCUUUAAUUACGGGCGGCGCCACCCCUGAACUGGAGCUGAUUUUAGCGGAAGGAGCCGGCCUCCGUGGCGGAUACAGCACGCCGGAAUCCCUCAACAACAGGGACAGAUGCAGAGUGGGACAGAUAUCUCUGUCUGAUGGACCCCUUGCCUGUCAUGGGGAAGGUGGAAAGUACGGUGAUGUGUUCGUAGCUGCCCUCAAGAACUACGGAAUGUUGUGCAUCGGCCUCUACAGAUACAGAGAUACCAGCUCUUCUUUCGAGGCCUCUACAAAGAGAUACGUCAUCACAAAUCCACCAAUAGAUUUUCCUCUUAUACCCACAGAUAAGGUGUUUGUCUUGAUGCAAUUUGAUCCUGGACUCGAAUAUCAACCCAACCGCGGCGAGCGGGACGAUAACUCCUGACUGUUGUACUGCAGCGCCUUGACGGAUGGGCCCUACAGUUUCGUCUGACCUAUCACAAGGACUGGUGCCACGACCGGUCAUCGAAGUCAGCUUUCGCCGUCGCUUCCAUCAAUGCCAUCUUGGGCUGCUGCUUUCUUUUGCCUUAAUUUCUGCAAACGCUGAUAUCACUCUGCGCAGUGCCAAUCCUCUCGCCACAAGACUCAGAAGUUCGUUCACGCGUGUGUCAGCGAGUUUUUUUUCACUCCUGUCCUCGAAGAAUUGGCGGUCUGCCAUCUUGCUUGGCGACACAGAUGAUGUCAUGCUGUUCUUCUACAUCGAAGCACUUACAUAUCCUAAAACACUGAAUAUAAUGUUUAGAUUAUAUAAAAUAUUUUUCUUGCGUGUCUUCAAGAGGGAAAUAUAUCUUGUUCAGCAGGAAUAGAUUGUUACCACGUGGACAGGACAAUGGAUGCAUGAAAGUUUGAAGUUACAUUGUGAUGAUCCUUGGUAUCUUGAAGAAACAGGUGUGGGGAAAAAAUUAACUAUUUUCGAGUUUGAAACAAACAUUUACCUUCGAACGAUUAAGGCUUCGUAUAUCUACGUGGUAGCUAUGUAUUUUUGUGCUGUUUCAUAUCAAAAAGUUUAAUAUCACUUGAGACCUGUUUGCCUACAACAGACCUCAAAAGUUCAGAGGUUUGUAUAUCAAAUAUAUAUAUAUACAUAUACAUAUAUCAAUGUUGAUUAAAAGUAGUAAAAUUAUUGUAAAUUUUUCCAAACAAAAUAUUAGCUUAUUAUAUCGUAGCUUAAAAAAAUUAGACAAUUUAUAGAUUGUCGAAGGUGGAAAACAAAAUUCUUUAUUUCUAACGCAAUUUCAUCUUUUGGACGAUGUUGUGAUAUUUAGUAAAAUAUAAACAAUAAAGUGAGUGUUUGUCAACAUUCCAUGGAUUUCGGCAAUUUCUUAUCAACAAAAUAUUUAAAAAUCCUCACACAAGGUUGUUCUUUUUAUUACUUCAAUAAAUAUUUGUAACAAGAAAAGAUGGAGAAAAUAUGCUGGAUUAUAUUAAAUUGUCAAUUUCGACUUUUAAAAAUUUUUAAACGUAUAUGAAAAGCUUUUUUAAAUGUUAAAAUAUUUUAGAAAAUAUUCUUUUUCUAUGAUAUUAAUGCGCAUUUCUUCCUUAAGUACGUAUGAAUGCAGCAAGGCCUCAAUGUCAUUAAAAAAUCGCUUAUAUUACUUUUUAAUACUUGCUCUUCUUUAUGUAAGUUUAAAGUAGCUUUAAUUUGUACAACACAUAUAUUUUUAGAUUGAUACUAUGAAAAUGGCUUCGGUAUCUUUGUUAAAACUUUUCUUCUUGUGGUGCGUCUGUGUGAUAAAUGAUACAGCAACACUUUACGACAACUGUUAAAUUGCAAAAAAAAAAUGUUUAUGUGAAACAUUUACUUGAUACAAAAUGCAAAAGAGAUUAUAUGUUGUAUGAACACGAAACACACACAAAAAAAUGUUUAUUGAAAUUUAAAAAUUUGUGCUGAAAUAAAGCA